GUUAGCUUGACAAUGACGUAGCGACUGCGCGGAUGCUUGCGCAAAUCCCGCCAGGAACAUCGCUAUUGCAUCACCGCGACCCACGUCUCAACCCUUCCUCUCAGUCCUUUCACGAAACAACAUCUUUGCUUGCACUCCUCUUCAAAAUACACCAGGAACGACACAACACCCCAAUUGACAUCACAAGACCUCUUUCAACAUGGAUGUCUACUACUUCUACUCCUACGGCACUGCCGCAUGGCUGGCGACCCAAGCCGCGCCUCUGAUCGCGUCCCCAACAAUGAUAGUAGCAUUGUUGUCCCCCGAAGUCCGCGAAGCUUCCACUCUCGAAGUCUACUUCUCCCGCACUCUGGGCCUCUCGCUCAUCGCCCUGGGCGUCCUGACUGUCCUCCUCACGGGCUCCGUUCCAUUGUCUAGUCGACUCUCCGAAGGCGCCACAACCAACGCCGAAGAUCCCAAAGCGCCCUACGCUCUCCCCACGCUCACCGUAACCGCCAUGUUCCACUCCGCCCUUGCCUUCUACGGCUACGCCAUGUGGACGCGCACCGGCGUCAUGGCCUUCAGUCUAGGCACGCUGGGCUCUGGUUUCCUGGCCAUGGUGGCGCUGUGGUGCAUUUUGUUUGCGAGCAGCAAUGGACGGAUUAGCAGGAAGACUGGGGCGGAUAAGAGGACGAGUGGGUUCCCGUUCAAGAACGCCGAGGCGGAGAAGAAGAAGGGUAGGUAAAUGCUUACUAUACGUCUGUGGGAGUUGGGAGGGUGUGGAAGGGAGGAGGUGUACUGUGGUGGACAGAAGCGUGCAUGGCAUGGAAGGCAACGGCGAAUAGGCAUACAAUAGGAGUUAUGCGGGAGUAAGCAUUGAGAACUGGCAUUGGGAAAUUGCCAGACACGGAUUACUGGGAUGAAGGCUGUAUACUAUGAGAGCAUCAAAUAAAUU